CGCAAAAAUGGAACUACAACAGGGAAUAUUUCAUUUAAUGAUUUUAUACCUUUUCCUUACACAAGGAUGCAGCAAAAUAUGCGAUGAAAGGUAUCUGGCGAAUGAAUUUUAAUUUUAUCACCAUGUAAUUGUGUAACUGUCAUAUGGGAAACUCAUUAUCAUAUCAGAAUAAUUUACAUAUUCUAUACUGUGUAGAUGCUGUCUCAACUAUUACAAACAUCGAAAUGGAUCCUGUGUCGAGUGUCCGCUUGGUACAUAUGGAGUUAACUGUAGCGAAACCUGUGUCCGUGGAUACUAUGGUAGAUUGUGUCUGUCAGAGUGUGGAUGUCCCGUUAAUAAAUGCGACAAAAAGUAUGGCUGUUUGGUGGACAGAGUCAACGAACCUAAGGGCGACAAACGUGUCUGGACAGAUGUAGGGUACACUUUGGUAGGGUCCUUUACGACUUUCGGCAUUUUCGGCCUCAUGAUUUACCUUAAGUCAUGGUGUUCAAAAAGAAGUGUUUCAAAUCAGGAGACUGACCAGAAUGAUAUUACUCAUCCAGAGAAUCACGAAGAAAAUCCUUAUGAGAUUCAUAGAAACUCGUCAUCCAGUGAAAGUGACGAUGUGGUUCCAGGACAAGCUACUAAUUCAGAUGACUAUACUGACUUACGAUUUUCCAGGAUGGAACCAGAACAGUGCACUACAAGCAGCAAGGAAGAUGACACAAAGCCUCAGCUUCCGUCUAUUGAAACCAUUCCUGAAAACAGUCACCAUGAUGAAGAUAAAAGCGAUGCAGGCGAAAACAACGGUGGGAAAUACAGCCAUUUAUCUCAACAGUCUGCAUAUAAUCUAUUGUCUUUUCGCCGUUAUCAUCCUGAAAACAUGUUAUGUUUAGGGCUAGCAGAUUUGUCCUCCAUGAUUGUGCAAUAUUCAGAUGAAGUUGUAGGUGAGUAUGACUCCAUUGAAAUGAAUGAUAACAAGGAAAGUCCACGGGAGAUAGAGAGAAUACAAUCCGAGGAAGAAACCGUCCGCCAAAGUCUGAUAGACGAAACAGUGAACCAGUACAUACUGCUAUCUCAAACAAGGAAAGAGAGAGAUAUGCCCAUGAAAGAUGACAUUGAUAUAGAAAUAUUUCAGUUUAAAGUAAAAAGUAAGAGUCUCCCGCCAGGAAAAGUUGGUCACAAAGAGGUUUUACCUACACGCCCAUGGAGUGUGACGAAAGGCCGUUGACAUAUGGGUAAACUAUGACUUUUCAAAUCACUUAACAAGAAAGGAGAUGACAAUGCUGUUGCUCUCAACAAAAGAUUUGGUUUGUUUCUUUGAAACAUCACUAGCUACUAAUAGUGAGAAUUCUUUAUCGUGUCAAUGCCUGUCAUAAUACACUGCAUUCCCGUUCAAAAUGUAUCAUCCUGAAGACCAACGAAUCUCUCUUCCAAACACCGGGCGUUUGGAGAUGGAGCGAUGACCACCUAUUUUACCCUUUAGGUUUGACACGGCUAAAUAAGAGCAACACUAGAGCCCACGGUGAAGAAGCGAACGCCUUGACCUCUGAGCUACCAUGACCGUCAUCUCGGCUGAGAUUCCUCUCGGCUGGAUAUUUGGACUGACGCCUUCACCGAAUCUCAGAGCAGUCCUUCACAAUUCAUG